GUUAUUGUUGUGCACAACACCGCCCACCGCUAGGCGCUUAAAGCCCUAUCAGGUAGAUUGUAAGGACAUCUGUCCCGGGUAAUUACCGUCGUUCACAGUUUAAGUCCGUUUACAGCUGCUAAGCCUCCCCGGUAAGCGCAUUACCGGAGCAGCGCUGCGCAAACACGAGCGCUCGCGCAGUACAUGAUGAGCGCGUGCCGACCGCGAGAACCUCCCGUAGAGGUGCGAGACUCCAACCCCGAUUACAUCAGAAUGAAUAACAGAUUACAGCUGGCGUUAUCAGAGCGAUCAGUGAGAUAUGAAGUGAACCGUCAGUACAAUUCAUAAAGCCUGUCAUCGGUUACAAAGACAGACAAGAGCGAUGCCAAAUUGCGUCACUCUCACUUCCUGUCAAACGUCACAGGUAAGGACUGUCAGGUGUGCAACGUGCAUGCCAGUUCGUGAUUAAGAUGCUGCAAUCCACAUGUCAAAGAGAGAGUGGUAAUUCAGUACUCAAACAGUUGAAAAAUGAUGGACACACAGCGUGCUUUGCUGGCAGUGGAGCGUCUGCAGCAGAGGCUGAAGAAGAGGGGAGAGCUGCCUGCUGAGGAAAAACUCAGUCUGCUCAAGAGUGUCUUACAGAGUCCUCUGUUCCAUCAGAUACUCAUCAUGCAAGAGACUGGACAACAGCAUCAGCAACAACAGGUUUCCCCCAGAACGCUGCCUCCUCAGUCUAUGAGUGAUGAUGCAGAUGGUGUGAGCACGUCCCACCCCUCAUGCAAUCUCAGAUACAGAGACUCUUACCUCUCUGCCCAGCGGCGCAAUGACCGACGUCGAUCCUCCAACCAUAUGACUUUUGAACCUCGCGUCACAGAGGACAUUUCAGUGCUGCAGUCCAUGGCCCAGGGUCGGUCUGUGCUUAGCUUUGACCUAGAGAAGGGUGAAAGUGCUUUAGGCAUCAGCAUUAUUGGCUUGGAGACUGAAGGCGGUGGAGGUCAUGGUAUCUUCAUACAGGAGAUUCAGCCGGACUCUGUAGCACACAGUGAUGGACGUCUCCAUGAGGCUGAUCAGAUUCUAGCAGUGAACGGCAAACUGUUUGAAUCCUCGGUAACACAGGAACAAGCUGUCCAGAUUCUUCAGGAAGCUGCUUCCGUGGUAACCUUAACUGUAGCCAGGGAACCAACCCCAUCAUUCAGCCCCCCACAGAUGAGCCACACUCUUCUCAAAAAUCUCUCUGGCCUUGAUAGACAAUUCAGUCCUCGACAAAUUCAUCACAUUGAGUUGCAGAAUGACGGAUCGGGUCUAGGCUUUGGCAUUGUUGGAGGGAAGAGUACUGGCACCAUGGUUAAAACCAUCCUAACUGAUGGUGUAGCUGGAAGGGAUGGGAGAUUGCGUAGCGGUGAUCUUCUCCUCAGAAUUGGUGAUGUGGACGUGUCCACCAUGGGCAGUGAGGAAGUGGCACGUGAGCUCCGUCUGGCUGGUUCCCAUGUGAGACUUAUCAUUGCCAGGGAAACCACUCAUUGUGACCUCUCACCUACUAUCGCCCAGCAACAGGACACUCAGAAGAAACAGGAUUUAGCAGAGCAAAAGGGAAAAGAGUUUAGUGUCAGAUUCAAUGACAACAAAAAUGGUUUGGGCAUCAACAUCUCCAGAUCUGUGGAAAACCUGGACAAAGGAGCCAGUGGGUUUGAAGUAAAGAGCAUACUGAAAGGACGUGCAGUGGACCAGGAUGGACAAAUUCCCAAUGGAGAUCACAUCAUUGCUGUGAAUGGGCAGAGACAGCAUGACUGCAGUAAAAAGAAAGUGGAGGAGAUUCUGCACAAGACUGGCCAACAAGUGGAGAUCGCUCUUCUGAGAAAGGGCUCACCAUAUGAAACACAAACAGUCCCCACCAUGUCCAUAAUCUCCCAGAGACCCUUAACCCCUCUGGGUCUCCAUCCCCCUCCACUGCCUCCAUGUCAACCAGAGCCAAAGCCAGUUCUGCCCCUAGGGAAAGUUUUCUAUACUGAACGCCGGGACCUCAACUUCAACAGAGAGUGCUUUUGUAAAUUGUCUGAUGAAGAGGAGAAAACAUUGAAGGAGAAGUGGCAAAGCAAACUGGGUCCUCAAAAUGAAGUGAUGGUGGCCCAGGUACAGAAAUUCAUUGAGAGCGGUGGUCUUGGUGUGAGUUUGGAGGCUAAAGAUGGUCAUCACUAUAUCUGCUCUAUACUGCCAGAGGGUCCGAUGGGACAGACAGGAAUCAUACGGCCUGGAGACGAACUGAUAGAGGUGAACGGGUUCUCUCUGAUUGGUGAGACGCACAAGGAAGUUGUGAGCUUGCUUAAGGAACUUCCUGUGAAUGUUUGUGUGGUUUGCAGUCGUCUCAUCCCAACCACAGUCAGUGAGGAAGACGAUGAUGAUGAUGUACAACUCACCCUCAAGGAGCUACUAGCAGAAUUUAAUGAAAAGGCCGGGCAGAACACAUUUGGGAGCCGGAAGACAGAGGCUCCUGUGCUAUCUCAUCAGGCCAUGUGGGAGAAUGAGAUUCAAGUCUAUGAGCUGCAGAAAGGCGAUUCUGGCCUGGGAUUCAGUAUACUAGACUACCAGGACCCCAUGAACCCAGGGCAUACUGUGAUAGUGAUCCGCUCUCUUGUAGCAGGCGGUUUGGCAGAGAGAGAUGGCCGCUUGUUGCCAGGCGACCGGUUGAUGUUCGUGAACGGGACUGACUUGAGCCACGCAAGUCUGGCUCAGGCUGUUCAUGUCCUGAAAAGCACUGCUUUGGGCACUGUACGCAUUGGAGUUACCAAACCCUUACCAGAAAAUGACACCCAGGACACAGAAGCUGAUGUAACAGGCAACUGCCACUCAGAACAUAACAACCAGCACGGCACUUUGCAGACAAAUUCCCACUGUCAGAACAGCAAGAUGGAGGCUGAUGCAAAAACCGUCUCCAUCCCCACAAGUGGCUAUGAGAGAAGCAUAACUAUAGUCAGGGGAAACUCCAGUCUGGGAAUGACAGUGAGUGCUUUAAGGGAUGGUUCAGGCAUCAUAAUCCGCUCUGUGGUUCAUGGCGGGUCGAUCAGUAAAGACGGGAGACUGGCAGUGGGGGAUGGAAUCGUUGCCGUCAAUGGAGAAUCCACCACCAACCUGACCAAUGCACAAGCAAGAGCUAUGCUACGCAGACAUUCACUGAUUGGACCUGAUCUCAGUGUGAUGUAUGUACCUGCUGCAUUCCUGGACAUGCACAGAGCCAGCUACGCCCAGUCAAAAGAGGAAAUGGAAAUACACAGAACAGCUACUGUUCAAUCCAGGCACUCACAGAACCUUCCUUUUAAACCCCUAGAAUGCAUUUCUGAACAACAAAGCACAGUAGAUGGUAAAGGAGUAAAAGGAAAGACUCAAGCAGAAGAAGAGAAUGAAAGAAUAGAUAACCACAGUCAAACAGAACAAAGAGAGGAUGGUGAAAGACUGGAAAAAAAGGUAAAGAAUGAAAAAACAGCCUUGAAGACUGAGAAUGAACAAAGACGAGGGAGAGAAAAAGACAGACGAAAAGAUGAAGAAGAGACACAUAAGAAAGAUCAUAACUCAUGGAGUCAGCCUAGAAGAGUAACAUUAUUUAGGGCAGGGGGCACAUGCCUUGGCUUCAGUGUGGUGGGAGGUCGUGGUAUGGGCAGUCGACUGAGCAAUGGAGAAAUGAGACGGGGCAUCUUCAUAAAACACAUCGCUGAGGACAGUCCAGCUGCACACAACAGCACUCUAAAAAAAGGAGACCGAAUUCUUCAGGUUCAAGGUGUAGAUGUGAGUGAUUUUACUCAUGAAGAAGCUGUUGAGGCAAUUCGUCAGGCAGGAGACAGAGUAGAGCUACUAGUGCAGAGUCCUCAGUUUUCAGCCCCUGCCAACUGCGCUGAAGAUGACAAUGUAUCAAAAUCAAAUUUUCAAAAUCAUCAGGAACCCAAGAUCCCCAAUAAUCUCUCCCCAACCUACCCCUUCAGCCCCAUUCCCUUUAAGCGUACAGAAGACUGGAAGUUGGGGAAGCCUCCACAUUUAGUCCCUCCCCUCCUGAAACUGCCCUCUAGGCCAGUAAACAUACAAACAGAUGGAGUGCAGAAGGUUCCAGAGAGACCACCUCUGCCAGAAGAGGCUUCACAUCAUCACAGCGAGCAGGAGCAAGCCUCUUACUGGAGCCGUAUGCAGCAGAGGUAUGGCAGUCUGCCUGGAGAGCUUCACAUGUUUGAUCUGGACUGUGGCUCAUACAGCUCUGGACUGGGACUGUGUUUGUCAGGAAACAGAGAUGGAGCGCGUGGAAGAAUGAGCGUGUACGUGUCAGAGAUCAAACCAGACGGGGCUGCUGCUGCAGAUGGUCGGGUCAGAGUGGGAGAUGAACUGCUGGAGAUAAAUGGACAAGUGCUAUAUGGACGCAGUCACCAGAAUGCAACAGCAAUCAUCAACAAUGUUUCAGCUAAAGUUAGGAUUCUCCUCACAAGGAAUAAAGAUGCACAGAAACAUAUGACUACAGGACCAGUAAAGGAGAUGGACAACUGUCCUGUUAUAUCUCCUGGCAUGCAUAUUAAUAUGAUCAGAGAAAUUCAACAUUCAGUUUUAUCACAGGAUGGAAGGAUCAGCAGAGAGGAUAAACUGAAGUCUCGCUCCUCAGAGAGCCUCAACAUCAGUCUUCCUGCUCAAAUCAAUGCCACAUCCAAUCAUAAGCCUUGCUGUCAUCCUGCCAGUCACUUGCCUCCCAGCCGCUGUACUCCUCCAUCAUCUGGCAUUUCAUCAGCUGAUGAGAGCUGCCGCUGCGGCUCAACAGCCAAUCAGAGCUCUCACAUGGGGCCUCACAGCACUUCUUACUUUGCCCAGUGUUCUGUGAGCUCGGACCCCCUUACAUGUCCCAUCUUACCUGGCUGUAUAAAUACAAUUGAUAUCUGCAAGGGCACCACGGGGCUCGGCCUCAGCAUAGUAGGAGGCUGCAACACACUACUGGGAGUAAUAGUGAUUCAUGAAGUGAAUAAGGAUGGUGCUGCACACAGAGAUGGCCGGUUGUGGGCAGGAGAUCAUAUACUAGAGGUGAAUGGCAUUGAUCUGAGAAUGGCCACUCAUGAGGAGGCCUUGAGCGUCCUGCGCUUGAGUCCACAGCGUGUGCGAUUGUGUAUCUACAGAGACCCUGUGACAGAGAACCACUCCACACACACCCUCCAGAACCACACACCCGAGGACAUGUGGGACCUCUUCAGUGUGAAACUGAACUGCAAACCAGGGCAGGGACUAGGGCUUUGCAUUGUGGGUAAAAGGAAUGACACUGGUAUCUUUGUGUCUGAGAUAACAAGGGGAGGGGUUGCAGACUUGGAUGGAAGACUGUUGCUAGGUGACCAGAUUUUGUCUGUGAAUGGGGAGGACAUCCGAGCUGCAUCACAGGACUACGCCGGCGCGCUACUGCAGAGCUGUAGUGGCUCUGUGUUGUUGGAGAUGGCACGCUUUAAAGCUUCAUCACACUACUCAUAUGGAGAUCAGGUGGGCGAGGUGGACGUCCCUCUUCUCUCUUCUCUCAGCACACAUGACUCUUUGGAAGGGAACGUUGACAUCAGAACUGUCACCGUUCAGAAGCAUGAGUGCGAGUCUGUGGAGUUGAGAUUGAGAGACACAAUGGGAGAUCCAAUGAUUUACAUCUCCAACCUGGAUCCUACCACACCUGCAGCACGCUCAGGACUUCUGCAGUUGGGUGCCAUGGUCAUCAGCAUUAACGGUACAUCAACAGAAAGUCUCUCAGUUACUGAGGCAAGUUCCCUCCUGAGAAAUAGCAGCGGAGCCGUCACACUGCAGGUGAUGCCAAGUGGCUGUGCAGAUGGAGCUAGUUUCAGUAAAGAUAGGUCAUCUUUAAUUCACUCCUCACCUGGACUCACAGAAAAUUACACUACCCUCAACAAGCAGAGUUCUCCUCAGUUCCAGACUAUCACUCUUGAACAUGGCUCUGCUGGGCUUGGCUUCAGUAUUAUAGGAGGAUUUGGCAGUUCCCAUGGAGACUUGCCCAUCUAUGUCAAGAACAUAUUUCCCAAGGGAGCUGCGGUGGAGGACGGGCGUCUGCGUCGCGGAGAUCAGCUGCUGACAGUAAACGGACAGAGUCUGGAGGGUGUCACUCAAUCUGAGGCUGUCGAGCUCCUUAGACAAACCAGCGGGAAGGUUACUCUACACGUACUUUCAAAAAGACUACCAACAUGCUGAUAGUGUCACACAAUGUCACUUUCCCUUGCUGCGACGGUUCUUAGACCUCAAGAUGUAUGAUUGAUUGUUAAACACAGAUGGAGACAGAUCAAGCUGUAUUUCUCAAAAAAACGUCUCCCGAAAUGUAUACUUUUCUAAUUGCAAAAAAAAAAAAAAAAAAAAGUAUUUCAGAUAAAAUGUGAAUCCAAACAGUGUGUAAAGUGGGAGAAGCCAAUAGAGACUAGUGCUAAACCAGUGGUUCUCAACCAGGGGUCUGCAGGAUGACAUAGAAUUAUUAUUUUAUAAUAUAAAUAAUAAUAUUAAUAUAUUAAAUGUAACUUGAUUUUAAAAAAAUCAGUGUAAACUGGAAAAAUUAUCCUUUUUCCCUAAAUAAAUAAAGUUUUUAUUGAGGAACAGCUUAAGAAACUUGAAAUCGUGGGUAAUUUGUCCUCAUCAAAAAGGUUGAGAACCACUGUGCUAAACUAUGAGACUUUGACAUACAUAUCAGCUGUUUUUUUUGUAAUGUAUUGCUUCACUACACAGAUUUGUACCAUUGUAUCUUAAUUUCCACUUUUCAGUCUUCAGUAUGAGUUAUAUGAGCAUAACUGGUAUAGCUAAUGGCAUAACUAACGUGGAGAGCUCACAUUAAGCAUAAUUAUUAAGUGUGGUUCAGUUACACAUUUAGGUUAUAAAUCAUGCAAAAAAAAAAAAAAAAAAAAAACAUUUAUGAAACUAUUUAAAGCAAGACUAAUAUCAUAAAAGAAAUACAACCCGAAUUCCAGAAAUGUUGGGACAUUUUUUUAAUUUGGAUAAAAUGAAAACUAAGACUUUCAAAUCACAUGAGCCAACAUUUUAUUCACAAUAGAACAUAGAUAACUCUGUUUAAACAGAGACAUUUUACACUUUUAUCCACUAAAUAAGCUCAUUUCAAAUUUGAUGCCUCCUACAGGUCUCAAAAAAGUUGGCACAGGGGCUAAAAAACAAGAAAUUUUUAAAAUAUUCAGCUGGGAGAACAUCUAGCAACUAAUUCAAGUUUUCAAGUUUCAAGUUUACUUUAUUUAUAUAGCACAUUUAAAACAGCCACAAGGCUGACCAAAGUGCUUCACAAAAGAAACAGCAUCAUAAUAGUAAUAAGAGCACACAAAACAGACUAAAACAAAGAACCAGAAUAAAAUAAAACACAAAUAGAAAAUAUAAUAGGCAGGAAUAUAAAACCUAAUAGGCCAGUGAAAACAGAGGGGUUUUUAAAAGAGACUUAAAAAUGGUCAGACUAGGGGCCAUUCGGAUCUCCACUGGCAAGUCAUUCCAGAGGCGAGGACCAAUUACCGAGAAGGCACGGUGACCUCUACGCUUAAGUCUGGAAUGUAGAAUUAAAAGAAGGUUCUGGUCACCAGAUCUUAGGCUUCUCAAGGGGAUAUACUGAUGCAGCAAUUCAGAUAGGUAGUCGGGUGCUUGAUUGUGUAAAGAUUUAAAAACAAAUAACAAGAUUUUAAAAUAUAAAGAUUGUGAAAUACUUUAAAAACAAUGUUCCUCAACGUCAAAUUGCAAAGGCUUUGCAAAUCUCAUCAUCUACAGUGCAUAACAUCAUCAAAAGAUUCAGAGAAACUGGAGAAAUCUCUGUGCGUAAGGUACAAGGCCAAAGACCAUGGGCAUCCAAUAAAGGUCUUCGGGCCCUCAGACGACACUGCAUCACUCAUCAGCAUGAUUGUGUCAAUGACAUUACUAAAUGGGCCCAGGAAUACUUCCAGAAACCACUGUCGGUAAACACAAUCCGCCGUGCCAUCUGCAGAUGCCAACUAAAGCUCUAUCAUGCAAAACUAUGGUCUAUUGUGAAUAAAAUAUUGGCUCAUGUGAUUUGAAAGUCUUUUAGUUUUUAUUUUAUUCAAAUUUAAAAAACAUCAUUUCCGGAGUUCGGGUUGUAUUUUCUGACUCAAUAACGAACCAUAAUCAUUGUGUUUGCAUGUUGUCAGAUGCAUUACAUGUAAGUCCGUACUUCACUGUGUCCAUUAGAAUGACAAACAACAUUCAUCAACUCAGAUUUGUCUUUUUCUACUGUAAAUUUACCUGUAUGCAAAAUACAUUAUUUUAUUGCUGUAAAUAAUUGUCUAUUAAAGUCUACAAAUUAAGUAU